AUGUCCGACCAAGAAAAAGAACCCACCCCCGCCGAGCUCGCCGCCCGCGAAGUCGAAGAAAAGCAACGCAAGGCCACCGAAGAAGCUGAACAGGCUGCCCUCCCCUACAAAUGGACACAGACGAUUCGCGAUGUGGACGUGACGAUCCCGGUACCCGGAACACUCAAGGGACGCGAUUUGGAUGUUUCCCUUAAGCGGGAUAGUAUUCGGGUUGCUGUUAAAGGGCAGGAGGCUAUUAUUGAGGGUUCCUUCCCACACCCCAUCAAGCUCGAUGAAUCAUCCUGGACACUGGAGACGACCAAGGCCGGAAAGGAAAUCGCGAUCCACAUGGACAAGGUCAACCAGGUGGAAUGGUGGGCGCAUGUUGUGACCACAGCGCCAAAGAUCGACGUCAGCAAGAUUACGCCGGAGAAUUCGUCACUGAGCGAUUUGGAUGGCGAGACGAGGGCCAUGGUUGAGAAGAUGAUGUAUGACCAGCGGCAGAAGGAGCAGGGAGGUCCGACCAGCGAUGAGCAGAGGAAGAUGGAUCUGCUGAAGAAGUUCCAGGCGGAGCAUCCGGAGAUGGACUUUUCGAAUGCGAAAAUGGGUUAA